GUAUCUAGGUGACGAAUCGUGCAGAGCUCGGUUGUUUCCGCCGCGGUUCGGCUACGAGCCGUUGUGGAUGUGGGAAUGCGGUUACCAUAGGGCUGUGGGCAUUGCUGGACACGCCGCGGAGAUGUGCGCAAGGAAACGAGGACCCACCGCGGCUGGCUGUUGUCCAAUUUAGCGGGGCUGUGGAUGGGAACUCGAGACGGAGAGGUGUCGCUGGGAACCGGGCAGCAGUGUCUGUAUAUCCCCCUUCCAUUUUUCUGGGGAUUUUCUACCUUUGUUGGGGGGGAAGAGGGAAUGUGAGAGAAGCCAAGGAUUCCCCGGCAGCACCAUGGAGCCACGCACUGCAGACAACGUGAGUACUUGGAGGGUGAAAGGUGACAGUGAGAUGAAAUGCAAAUCAUCUAAGUCGGAACCGUGACCUUUUUCCUACUGCACACAGAAGUUCUGAUACUUGACGUCAAGAUUUGGAGUUUGUGAAGCCAACAACAAACGUCAUUAUGUUUUAUGGUUCUUCCUCUGGGGCCAGCAUGUCCCUGCCAUCCAAGAGCCGCCUGAAACGCCAAAGCAGAACCUUCACACAGGUCCUGUACCGUACUCUGAGCUACAGAGACCGCGUCCCAGCAGACACUGGAACAAACACACGUGGGGACCGGCGCUCAACAACUGAACCCCCAGAGCGCCCGGCGGAUGACCCGGCUGAGCUCUCCACACAGAGCUCGGCCCCCGGGGUGCUGAAGAUCUUUGGAGAUGAAAUCUGCGCUGGUGCCAACUACAAGAGUGUCCUGGCCACGCCGCGCUCCAGCGCUCAGGAACUCGUGAAAGAGGCGCUGGAGCGUUACUCACUCAACAAGGAUGCAGCCCGUUCCUAUGUGCUGUGUGAUGUGAUCGGACGUUUGGAGGGGGGAGGCGGGUGGCGGACCGAGUGCCUGCGAGCACUUGGGGACAACGAGAAGCCUCUGUUGCUCCAGGAGCUGUGGAAGCCCCGAGAAGGACACGCUCGCAGGUUUGAGCUGCGCAGGAGAGCUGAGGUGGAGGAACUUAAUGCCAAGGAGAAGGAUACCAUCACUGCUGGGCCCAGAACCCCUCAGUUCUUGGCGGCUCUAAUGGGUCGGUCUGGGCUGGGCAAACACAGGAGCUCCCCCCUGCGGUCUGGUCGGGUGGUACAGUCCAGCUCUAAAGAUAUUAAUGCCCAGGCCCGUAAGCUCCAGAGGAACAGGGCAAAGGGGACGCUGACCCUGCCCCGCUCCAGCAAUUCAUCCUUCUGCCGCAGCCUCAGUGAAACAAGCCUUAAUCAGCUUGGAGUGGGAGAGGAGCCCAAGCGAUAUUACUCCACCUUGCCAGGACCGUUGAGGGGCCGAGAACGUGACGGACCCUCCAGCAACCGGAGGAAAGAAGAGGGAAGUCAAGGAGGUGGGGGAGGAGGGGUGAGGCACUCUCUGUACCAGUCCCCCCAUCUUCUUCUGCUGCAGGGAUUCAAUCGGCAGGACUGCCUGGUUUACCUUCUAAACAGGGAGCAGCACACAGUCGGUCAGGAGACCCCAUCAGCUCGCCCCAACAUCUGCCUCUUCUCUCCUGACAUCCUUCCCCUCCACUGCCGCUUGCGCCGAGUCCCCGCACCCCGUCGUCAUAUCAACAGUAACAACAAGGGAGAUGAUUUGGCAGAGAGUCAGCGUUUCUGCGUUGCAGUUGAGCCUGUGCUCACUGCCACUGUUCUGGUGAACUUUUCCCGCUGCGAGCGCACGACAACGUUGCGACAUGGUGACCUUCUCUCCUUUGGAGCGCAUUACAUCUUCCUGUACAAGGACCCCACAGGCGCCAAGCCCCUGCCUGCUCAAACCCUGGCUCGACUACGUACGCUGGGGCAGCUAUACGACUCGGGGGUGGAGGAGGGAGAGGAUGGGACUCAGACUUGUAAAAUGUGCGGCUCUGUGCUGAAGGACAAAGCUGCACAGGUGCUGAGUGUCCCGGCAGUUAGACGCAGCUUCAAACCACACCUGGUGAAACCUCGCGGUGUGGGGAUGGCAUCGGGGGGCCCGCUGCCUUUGCAUGUAGGUGAAACAGCGGGACGAGCAGGAGGUCAAAAAAGAAAGCUGCAACUGGAGUUUGAUCAAACUCAUGAAGACCAACUGUUGAACAGAAUUAUCUCUCUAAUUGAACCUGGAGGAGACGACCAUAAGCUGACGCCUGCCUACCUUUUGUGUCUGUGUAUACAACACUCUGCCUCAACCUUCCCUCCUGGCAGUUUUGGCAAACUGCUGCUCAAGAUCGUCCGUCGGAUCCAAACCAUUGCAUGGGAGAAGACAAAGGAGCUGGCUCAGAAGCAAGCUCAGCAUCAGGACCCAGCCUCCUUGUCUUUACUCAGCAUCUCAGACCUGAUCCCAGACUUGCAGACCAUCUUCUUCUGGAUGUCAAACUCAAUUGAGAUCCUCUACUUUAUCCAGCAACGAGCACCGGCCUAUACACACAGCAUAGAGACGCUGCAAGGGUCAAAGGAGUCAUUGUUAUCAGCGACUAUAACAGCCAAUGAGGAGGCUAUGACCAUCUUGGAGGAAGUGAUCAUGUACACUUUCCAGCAGUGUGUCUAUUAUAUCACUAAGGCUCUGUAUGUGGUGUUGCCUGGUUUAUUAGACUGUAAUCCAUUCCCAGUCGACAGCUCUGAGCCCUGCUGGAAAGGAGGUGUCGGGUUCCCUGAACCUGUGCGCAGAGUUCUGCAGGUGUUUCAGAGUGCACAGGAGCUUCUGCAUGGCUAUCUGGUUCAUCCGGAGAUCCAGGCUCAGAUGUUUGCUUACCUCUUCUUCUUCUCCAACGUGUCACUGUUUAACCAGUUAAUGGACAAAGGCUCAGCCCGGGGUUGGUUCCAGCGUUCGAAGGCGCUGCAGAUUCAGGCAUGUUUGCGAAUGGUCAUGGAGUGGGCAACCAAGUCUGGUCUGGGACAUCUGGCUGAAAAGUUCUUCAUCAAACUCAACAGUACUGUGUCCAUAGUGGCUACGCCCCCACAGCAGCUCAAACAGUUGAGUUGGCGGGUGUUGUCCAGUGAGCACCCAUCUCUAAAACCAGUCCAGCUCCAUAGGAUUCUCACCCAGUACCAGCUCACAGCAGAGAUAGGCCCUGUCCCAGUAUGGCAGCCCAGCAGUGAGGAUGAGGCUUACAUAUACAGAUCAGUUGACCUCCUGGAGAGCUUUGAGAACCACCCACCCAUCGUCCUGCCCAGCUCUGGGUUCAGAGUGGACCUGGACAGCGAGUGUGUGGAGGACAGCAUCUAUAGACAGCUGCUCUACGUCCGUCACUACCUGUGGGGCCUGCGGACCAAAACUCAAAUUCACACCAGCAAUCCCAGUGUGCUCACGCAAUCCAAUGGAACCAACACAGCCGACUGGCCGGACCUUCAGAGGGAGCUGUUACCUCCGGCCCACAGCAGUCCCCGGUCUGGGGGGGUUGGGGAUGAGGUGACAGCAGAGGAGAGAGGACGAGACGGACCCCCUGGCCAACCACAAACCCACAGCCUUAGAAGGAAUGGCACCAUUCACCAUCCUCGAACAGCAAAUCCAGACCCGUCCUGCCUCCUGACCCCACCCAACACCCCUAUGUACCCAGACAGCGGAGGACCGGGGCCCAUCCUUGGCACCAGCAUUCAAACUAACGGCUGCUCGGGCAGAACUGUAGCAGAAUGUAAAAAGACCAAUGGACUCAUCACAAAUGGACUUGAAGGGUGUAUUAGUGGGUGUGAGUUUCCUUUCCCUGUCUCCUCCCCCGGCGCUCCUUCCCUUGCUGAUGACUUGUGUGUGGUGUUUGUAGUGGAACUCGACAAGGGACCCUAUGGACUGGGAAUGGGACUCAUAGAUGGCCUGCAUACGCCUCUUAAUGCUCCUGGCAUUUACAUCCGGACACUGAUCCCAGACGGGCCGGCUGCUUCCGACGGCAGGCUGAGGAUAGGAGACCGCAUCCUGGCAGUGAACGGGACCAGUCUGAUUGGAGCGGACUACCAGAGCGCGGUGGAUCUGAUUCGUCUGGGAGGGGGUCGACUGCGCUUCCUGGUAGCCAAGUCUGACCCUGAGGUCUCAGAGAAGAUCAGUGCCUCCUCCUGCUGACCACUGCCCCGCUGAGACAUGCACCCAGAACUGCAAAGUGAGGACGAUGAUCAGCAGGGUUCACACAACCUUUGCUUAAAUGUAAAAUAUGAGAUUUGGGAAUCCUGGGUUUCUGAAACGGGAUCUUCGUUAUUCAGAUCCAAGCAGCCUGAUGUUUAAAGCACAGCAAAUUCUCUGUGGAUUUCUUAAGGAUUAUUUUCAGCUCUAAUUCCAAAUGUAAAUAGCAUGAUUCAUUGAUUAGCAACUGUCACUCUGAAAGGAUCUGAUGGACAUAAACCGAAGUAUGUCUCUUUCCCGUUUUAAAAAACAUUUGAUGAUGUGCUUUUGAAGAGGAAUGUUUUAUAAACCUGUUUGCUAGGAGUACCUGAAACGCCAUCAGUCAACUCCUUGAACCAAACCUUUGUGACUGAAUGUUUACCUUUUGUACCAGGCUUUGGAUGUAAAAUGCGAAAGAAAUUCUCCCACCUAAAGGUCCUCGCCGAACUUCAGCUUUACUGCUGAAGCUGAAUCGUGGAGACUUUAUAUUCAGCUGUACAUAUUAUGCAUUAUACUGUAGCUUUAGGUUCUCAGUGCUGGUGUGUCUACACUGUAAAUUGUUGUAAAUAUUUCAUUGGUCGGAUGAACAACAGGAAGCAAUUCGGGAAUCACUUGUGAGGAGAGAAAAAUGAAGACCUAGUGAUGGGAAAUAUUUUCGGGAAUCAUUGAACUACUUUUUUUGUACUUUUUUCCCUAACUUAUGUAUUUAUUUCUACUUUAAUUCUGGUUUGAGCAUUACAGAUAACUGUUUUUGGGUUUUUUUACAUCCUGCUUCAACACCUACAAUUACACAGAAACACGUAAUGUUUAAACCCGAACAAAAAGAGGUUUUUAUAUAAAGUUUGUUUCCAGGAUUUAAAAGAAAACCUACCAGUGGGAAUCUUCUGAUGCAGUAAACCAGCUAAAUAAUUUUUGAUUUACCUGAAGGAAGGUGAGCGGAUCAGUCUUGUUUCAGGGAAGUAGUUUUGCUCUAUUCAGUAACCAGGGAUGUCACUAAAGGCGUCUUCAAACUGGAUGAAGACCCCUGCUGUGAUAUUUAAAUGCUCCAACAGUGGGGUGGGCCUGAGGUUCUUAGGGGAACUCAGUGGUGUCCCAGUUAUGUGAGAUGAGUUUUAACUGUAUAAAACCCCUUGGCAGGGUUUUGAUGUCUUAUUGUUGUGGCAGCAUGUUGUAUUGUAUAUUGGAGUGGCAGUAUAUCCACAACAUGGGGGGUCUCUUGUCGAGGCUAAAAUCCUAUCAUGGCAGUAGCAUUUUGUUAGCAAGCCAUUAUAGCACAUUCCAUGAUCCUGGACCUUUUUCCCAGGAGUUCUGACAUUCUGCUGCAAAGACGAGCCGAACUUGAGUCUACUCUGCUUUUGGCAGUCUUGUCCCUGCCACAUGUAAGCUUUCAGAAUCGAAGCGGCAUUGUGGAACCACAGAAUACAUGGAGUGUCACUCAGUUGGGUCAUUAUAGAGCCCCAAGCAUAAGAUUUGUUUUAGAUGUCUCCCAUUCUAAGGAAGAAAACAAAUCAGUGGUGUGUGAUGCAUGUCAAAAAUACUUGCACACUUGCAGUUGGGGAAAUAAGUAUUCAAUCCCAUACUUAUUUUGCUAAAUAAGAAAUCAACAGUGCCUAGUGUUUAUGGUUGUUUGAUUUUAAUGUGGAUCGAUCUUUGAUCUGCAACAAACGAGGAAAGAUUUUUGCAGAUCUGUCAGGUUUCUAAACCAAGCUCUAAGCUAUCUUUUCCAGUAGAAAAAUCACUUAAAUUAAAGGCAAAUCAGUUUUGGCUGAUGUUAGUCUUUUAUCACAUCGGUAUCGGCCCCAUAAGUAAAACUGGGAUGUUUAUUUCCAUCUCAUUGCAGUUUCAGUUUUAUUUGGGCAUGUAGCCGUGAUAGUGACGCAGCGUGGGAUAGCGGGGUGUUCAACUGCAGUAGAUAAGCAAUGGUGAGUGGUGUGGUUAUUUUUUUUACAAUGUAGAAAGGAUAACGGAACAUCUUCAAACAUUGGCUAUUGGCUAUAACAGCAGUAUAUACAAUAUCAGCAUACAUUUUUAUUUCAGUGCAUUCCUAGUUUUUACCUUUCACAUAAUCAGUCCUGCCUGGAUUCCUGAUAUUCUGUCUCUACAUUAUGCUAAAAAAAUGAAUAAUUAGCUACCUCUCAACACCUCAUACCUGCAAGUGCAGUAACACUGAUGUGGUUAACUCGUCUUGAACAAUCUUUUGAGAAGAUUCUCAGGAUCCUGCAAGAGUUUAGCUGCCUUUCAAAAGAAAAAAAGCCUGAUAAAGUUGGGAGAGAUUUUAAAAGCGCAACACUUGAUGCUCGGUAUGCUAAAAUGCUGGAUAUUUCACCCUUCUGUACCUGAAAUCACAGCAAACGGGAACAAAAAAAAGAACUGAGGAGGGGCCAAAUUUGGUGCCGGUCAAUGAUUCCUUUUACCAAACAUCUGCUGUGGAACAAUUCACACUAACCAGGGGGAUGUUUCAUACCAACUUCGACAACUGACAGUUUUAAGUUAUUUUCUAUAAUCUACUCAUAGUUUCCUGUUAAGAAAACAGGGGCAUGACUCCAACAAAUAGCAUUUAUCUGUAGGAGGUCAAUUAAGAGUUAUUUUGGUUUGAUCCGGGGUCCCAAUCUGUCUGACAAUAUAGGGAUCAGAGGAUCCCUAUAUUUUCAUAAAUUUUCAUAAAAUAAUAUACAAUUAAAUAAAUCAGACAUUAGAUUUUAGCCUUUUAAGAUUCAUCAGGACUUUGUCUUGGUCAAAUGACCAACUGGACCUAGGAAUGAAACAGGGUUACGAACUGAAAAAGGGUCAAAUUGAUCUGGACCUUUCUGUAUUGCAGAACACCAGAGAAUUUAUUUACAAUGUCUUUAACUUUAGAAAAGAGGUUCAAUUUAAGAGCAACUUGGGUCAAUAAAAAGAUCUGAAGUCAGAAUUUGCUGAAAAUUGCCAAAAAACAUAAAACAGGAAAUUGAAAUUUAAGAAUGUGGAGCAAUUCUUUUCAAUAAAACAUGAGGUUCAUAUAUUUCCCUGUUAAAUUCAAUCCUCUGCUUUCUAUUCUGUUUGUCUGGAAAUAUAAAAAAAUUUUGUAUCCAGUUUGUAUGACGCCAUAUCUCAUGUGUGUAUAUUCUGGUCAUUAUUUAUAUUAAGAACGAUGGUACACAAGAAUAAAGACUGUUGGAUUCUUUGACAUGAAA